ACUGGUACCCUGCGGACAUCCCCCGUGCGAGAUCGGAAGGUAGAAUAUUAGCUCGGAGUGCAGUGUUGUGAAGCUAUUAGCCGACAGUCGACAGACUCCCAGACCGGAAGAUCCAAUCAGGUUACGUUUGGCGCGUAAAGUACACUACGCGAAGUAAACAAUCAGAAUCAAUCUGGGGCAAGUUUUCGGUGCAAAGUGACCAAUUGGGUGCCCUCGGUGCGUUAGAAUAAAGGUUGAAGUGUGUGAUCAAACGGAAAAAAUUCGUCAUCGAAAUACGCACGGUGCGGAACAAAACUUCCGUGCGGGUGUUGCUUCCAGCGGCGAGUACGUGAUAACGAGACAACUCGUGACCGGCGAUUUUUCGGUAAUUUGUACCGAUAGCCAGCGCUUCAAUUCGAGCAAAUAAUCCAACGACACAAUGUGGAAGUUCAUUGCCAACGUAUUUAUGCUGACGGUGACGCUGGUAGCGGCGCAAGACUCGACUCACUCCUACAUCAUACAAUGUAAACGAUCCGAUCCGGAGCUAAUCGGUUGCAUUAAAGGUGCUCUGCAUAAUUUGCGGCCAUACCUGGCAAUGGGAAUCCCCGAUAUCAAGCUCCCACCCGUUGAGCCGUUUGUCAUGGAUCAACUCUCUCUGCAGCUAACUGGAGGUCCUCAAGGUUACAGAAUUAAUCUGAAAAACAUGGAGGUAUACGGAGCCAGUAACUUCACCGUCAAAAAUAUCAAACUUAGUGAAGGCGAUGAACCAUUUGAGGCCCGAUUAACCAUUCCGAAGCUGUUGAUUCAUGCUAAGUAUACCUCGAGCGGUGUUCUGAUUAUUAUUCCUGCCAGUGGUUCGGGUGAUUUCGAUGCCGUUUUUGAUGGAGUGACCGCCGACGUGAAAGGUCGAGUAUCGUUCAACGAGAAACCGACCGGCACUCAUAUGCGCGUCGAAACUCUAGACCUGAACUUGUCUAUCAAAAAGCCCCGACUGAGUGUUUCGAAGAUCUUCAAUAAUAACCGAAUUUUAACCGAAGCCACCAAUUUGUUCCUAAAAGAGAACGGCAACGAAGUACUGCGUGCGCUCCAGCCUCAGCUGCAGAAAAAGCUGUCAGCCGAAUUCAUGGGAAUCUCCAACCAGCUGCUGGAAAAUGUUCCUCUGAACUCUUUCAUUAUUGACUAAAUGUUUUGUGAUAUUUUGUCCCGUUUUUGGCAUUUCUUUGUUUCGUUAUAAAUAUGUACAUUCGAUUAUUUUACAACUGUUAGUGCAUUGUAGAUUAGAUCUUGCCCCUCAUUGUUCCGAAAGAUGUAGACAUCAAAUGUUGGUUUAGAAAUUUUAAGCGAAUCGUUGAUCGAGGGUUACAGUAAUGAAUAGUUUGUAUAGUGCAGGAGAAGCAACAACGGUUAGCAACAGCGAAUCUGGAUGUUCCGUAUGGUGUAAUUCAAUUCAAUUUUAUUACAACUCGGGUUUAUUCACAGACAAAGCGUGAAUUCGAACCUAAACUUACGCGUCCUGUUGAAACCGUAGUAUCCCUCAGUAGCGAAAUGAGCUUGGGGUUGUAAAUUUGUAUGAAAAUGGAAACUCAUAAAAUGGACAUCUUCUCUAAAAUAAUUUUAUACAAUUUGCAAUCCUAGUAUUUGUGCGUAGUUUUAUGCGUUUA